GUCAGGCUGCUUUCACUCAAGAGGAGCGGAGAGUGGACCGUGGUGGGACGCAGCGGUCAGAGGACACACACUGGACACCAUGAGACGAUAAAGACAGCACUCGGCAAAAUGAAGACACCCAUGCGCCAUGGGGUAACCGUGCUUCUCGUGCUUCUCCUGUGCGCCAGCUUGUUCCUCGUAUACAACGGAAGCUUCAACAUCGCUUCCAGGGACGCUAACGACACGCACGUCCAACAGCAUGAACAGCUGCAGCGGCGGCCCACUGAAGCCUCCGUCAGGGUGGCCAAGCCUCAUCCCCCGGUUCUCCAGGGAUACAGUGGCAUCAUCGACCACAAGCCUCUGAGAAUGCACUGCCAGACCUGCGCCCUGGUGACUAGCUCGGGUCACCUCGUCGGAGGCGGCAGGGGUGACGAGAUUGACCAGGCCGAGUGUGUCAUCCGCAUGAAUGACGCCCCCACUGCCAGGGGUUACGCCCGCGACGUUGGCCGCCGCACCUCUCUGCGUGUCAUCGCACACUCCAGUAUGCAGAGGGUCCUGCGGAGUCGCCAUGAGCUGCUCAACGCCAGCCAGGACACAGUGUUCAUCUUCUGGGGCCCCAGCAGCUACAUGAGGCGCGAUGGGAAGGGCCUGGUUUACAACAACCUGAGGCUGAUGAACCAAGUGCUGCCCAAACUCAAAGUCUACAUCAUCUCCUGGCAGAAGAUGCUCCAGUUUGACGAGCUCUUCAAGAAGGAGACAGGCAAAGACAGGAGGAUAUCAAACUCCUGGCUGAGCACCGGCUGGUUCACGAUGACCAUCGCUCUGGAGCUGUGCGACAGGAUCAACGUGUAUGGCAUGGUUGCCCCUGACUUCUGCAGGGAGCCUCAGCACCACUCUGUCCCCUACCACUACUACGAGCCUCGUGGUCCAGAUGAGUGUGCCAUGUACAUCUCCCACGAGCGUGGACGGCGGGGCAGCCACCACCGCUUCAUCACAGAGAAGCGGGUCUUUGCCAACUGGGCACGGACAUUUGACAUCCACUUCUACCAGCCGGACUGGAGUCCCCCACCGCUUCCAGCCAACCGGACACUGAAGGGAGCGGUUACGGCGGCACCUUUAGUACUGCAGAAGACGUGACCAGUGAUGGAAAGUGAAAAAAAAAUGCUUAAGGGAUUCACACGUGGACUGAGGACUGAGGACUGGAACCUUACAGAGAGGAUGAAGUAGGAAA